AUCAUCAGUUUGUGCCUCUGUAGUAUAACACAUCUCGCCGCUAUGACUUCUCUACUCGUCUUGGUUUUAUUCAGUACACUGCAGACAGUUGUACAAGCAAACACAAUUCCGUUACAGACGAACAUUCAUCAACAAGGUGUGACAGACUUUGCAUACGUCCAACCAUUCCGUUCGACGUCAGACGGCAGGUUCGUUAGUCAUGACCUUUCAUUUGCAGACCACCAUGCACGCGCCAAACGAUCAUUUGUGAACGAUGAAUCGGCUGACCACGUUACGUUGGAUUUGAAUAUUGAUAAUCACCCCUUGCGAUUGAUACUUGACAUGUCUUACGACAUAAAUCUUAUAAUGUCACCAGACAUACGUGUCGCAGAGGAUAAUGGCGACGUCAUCGACGAACCGUUCGAUUCCUCCUGUUUUCAUGUUGGGCACGUGAUAAAUUACCCAGAAUCGCAUUUGUCCAUUAGUAGCUGCGAAGGAGUUUUGACCGGGUUAAUAUCCUUCAACAAAACAGAAUAUGCUAUAGAACCGAAGUUACAAUUCACUACUGACAGCAAUUCGAAAUCAAUGGGUAAACGUCACAUUUUCUACCGGAGAACAUUCGAUAACCAACGGCAAUUACAGUCUUCUGAGGUGGAAAAGUUGUCAAGAUAUCGCCGGCGAGCCCGCUCAUCUCCAAGACGUCCGCGGUAUUAUAUCGAAACGAUGCUAUUACUAGACAAUUCUGUGGUGAGAGUUGUUGGGAAAAAGUUCAUACAAAACUACAUUGUCAUGAUGAUGGCUCGGGUAAAUGAAGCAUUCCAACACCCUUCCCUCACGUUUGACAUCACAGUAUAUAUAACGGACAUCAUUAAACUCAGUAAAUCUAAGUCGAAAAAGUUCCCAUCUGAGAAUAAAUCUGAGCUCUUGGCUACAGUCUGUGACUACAGGAGAAGGAUGAAUCCGAAACCAAGAACAAAUCCUAAGCAUAGUGAUGCGAUUGUUUACCUCACAAGAAAAUCAUUUGAAUCUUUUGAGGGUCACAGUCACAUCGGUAGAAUGUGUGCCGACAGUUGUACGAUCGUGCAAGACCAAGGUUCAAACACUGCGAGUAUAGUUGCGCACGAGAUUGGCCAUUUGUUAUCUAUGGGGCAUGACGACGAUGAAAACUGUGGUGACAACGAAUUCAGUGUCAUGUCGUCAACUAUAAGAUCUACUUCGUUCCAGUGGUCCAGUUGUAGCAAUAAAAGUUUGAAGAAAUUCUUAUCAACAAGCCAAUCUUCAUGCUUGAAAGACCGCCCUCAUCUACGGACUUUAAGAUUAACAGCACCACCAACAUUACCUGGUAGAGGGUUAAGUCGGACCGACCUGUGCCGUCAAGAAUUUGGAUCUGGUUAUAAAAUGUUUAAAGAAAAUUCUCGUAAUUGUGAAAAACUAGUGUGUAUGCGAAAAGACGGCUCGUGUCGCAUUUUCCGAAAAGUACUUGAUGGAACCUCGUGUGGGAAUAACAUGGAGUGUAAGCAAAACAAAUGUGUUACAGUUACGCAAAAGUCAUCAACCACUGUCAAGCGGAAAUCGUGAGAAAACGGAUUUGAUAUGUGCUCAUUAUUGAAUUUGGUUUUGUGAAUAUAACCAUGUGGUAUAACAGUAUUACGUCAAAUGUACCGGCACUGUACCACCGCGUUAUGAGUGAACACACCAUGUAGACGAGAAGAUGCAUCGCGUGUACGUGACGAAGCACCUGCGACAGCAGACGCGUAACCUUGAUGAAGCCCGCGCAGGCCGAGUUAUGCGUGAUGAAGCUGUAUUGCGUGCACUAAUUAGAAAUUGUCAACCUUUUUUUUUCACAAAACUCUAAAAUAAUGGAAUGGCCUUUUUGUUGAGGCUGGCGUAAAAUGGCAUAGAAGUAGCUGAUGAAUGUUAAUGAAUUCAUAAUCGUUUUUAUGCAAGAGACUUCAAGACAAUAGUAAAGUGGUUUGAUAAAUAAGUUAAGAGAGAUUCCAAUUGCUCACGUAAUGAAAUAGUUCUCUUGUCCAAGAGUCACACGAAGAUUCGCGGACACUUGUGGUCUAAUAGGCAGCCGUCAAUUUUGUACGAGUCCAUAGUUAAAACGAGUAUAGUUAUGUUUGUGUUUACUAGUAUGAAUUAUUCCAACGCAUGAAUUACGAAUUGCCCCGAGUCAUGUACAAGUUUUUCUGAGAUAUCAACUCGUGAUGUACCGGACGUGACGCACUCGUGACGUACCAGUUCUUUACGAGUACAAUACAACAUUUUCCGCGAGUUUUAGCUUCGUAAUACCGCUUGGAAAAACUGUACAGAAUUCCAACACCACAAAUUGGUAAUCAACUCUGUAAACUCUUGUGGUAUUUUGUAGCAAACUUGUUGCAUACUCGUGGACGCAAAAUUGUCAACGAGUUUCUCGAGUUGAUUAUAAAUUUUGAGCGUGUUCAAAAUUACCCGCCACGAGUUUCCCGAAUCGUCCGGUGUUUCUCCCGGGUUUUUUAAAAAAUCAAUUUGCCGAUUUACCAUAAAAUCCCAAAGAACAUUUUUAAGGCGGAGUUCAAAUCAUAGUUUCCAUGAUAAAUUAUCCGAAUCGAAUAUAUUACAAAUCAGCGUAAAUAAGUUUGUAUACGGUAUAUUUUGGCUCUUUCUUUAAAAUUAAGCCUUCAGAAUUUUGUUUUUCCUUUUGAUUUUGACCUAUUAUAUUGUAUAUUUUGUAAAUUGUGUUUAUCUUAAUUAAUAUGAAUGUAUAUAAGCCAAACGUACAUUAGAAUACUUGGUUCCUAUAGAAUGUAGGAGUUUUAACCAAAGUGUUAACCUGGGUUCCAGGCCCUAAUUUUGAGUUAAUCACUCUUUAUUGCAUUUAGUGUGCGCCAUACCUAAUUUAACUGGCGUCCCAUACUUAAUUUCUUUUUUUAUUCCGCCUCUAAAUUAACUUUCUCGUUAGUGGCGCUGUCCAGAAUGAGAAAAAUAAUAAAAAAUAAAAGACUUGUGGCAAGUCUACCAAAGUGUGUGAGUUGCUGUUGAACUUAAGUUUGCUUGAGCUUGUGGUAUAAUAGAAUUAUACUGUCACCCGAUGUAUAAAAUGUAUAUAAUAUAAAUAAUAUGAAGAAAAUUUUUAUUAUUUAUUUAACCACUCCAAUGAAGUGUUGUAAUAUCAGGUGACAUCAUAGGUCGCAUAUUCUGAGCAUUAAAUUCAGCUGAAUAUAUAAUUAAUUUUAAAUAUCUGUUCAUUUUUUAUUAAAUCUAUAGAUCCGUA